AUGUCGUCGGCACGAGCAAAGAAAAUUUUAGCUAUGGCAUCCAAAGCAUACGACGAAAAUAAUCUUACAUCUCUGCCAAAUACAACAUGCUUUACUCAGGAGACCAUUGUCGAAGAUACAAGUCUGGAUGAAAUUUCAGAUGAUUUCACUCCAAAUUCCGAAAAAAAUGUCUAUUUCACUCAGAAAAAAUGCUCAGAUUCAACAGAACCGACUGGUUUUUCUCCUGACUGUCAAAAUAGUACUCUCUCUUAUGACGGAAUCAAGAAUGGAGUAGUUAACAAAAGUUGUGAUAACCAAAAUGCCAUAGCGCAAACCAGUUUGGCAAUAGAAAGUGAAGAAGGUUCUGAAGGUCCGCUCUUCAGUUUAGCUCAGGCACUUGAUUUCGAACGUUCACCUGCGGUUCAAACUCUACCUGACAUCAUUGAAAAUGACGAGAAUGUAUCAGGAAAUUAUUCUCAAAAAACCCUUCAUAUUGAUGCGAAUUCCUCUGAGCCUCAUAAUGAAAUACCCCACCCCUUGCCCAAUACGGAUACCACUGAGCAGCACCAAGAGCCGACUAAGGAAAAUGCAGAGGAGCCAGGUUCUUAUGUACCGAAGCCAGGUUGUUCUGCGGAGAAGCCAAGUUCAGAAUACUCUGUAUCAUACGAUGAUGAACGCCCUACAAUUUUACGAUUAACAAAAAGGAAUUAUUAUGUUUCACCACUCCAUAGCGACGAAAGCGAUAUUGACGACUCUGAUGCCGACCCCAAUUUCACGGUCGAUAAUUCUCCAGAGGCUGGACGAAGUUCACACGAUACUGACAAAGAAAAUAUUCAAAGCGAUGAAUCUGUGUUAGCAGAACCAGAUAAUACGAAUAAAGGAAAGAAAAGGAAACUGAAUGCACAAGAGUGGGGAGUGAAAAAGACGAAGCUACUUCGAAAUUCCGAUAGAAGAGGUAAACAUGGAAAGCAACUGGUUCUUGCUCCAGAAAUAAAAGAUAGUGUGAGGAGAUUUAUAAGCGCAAUACCUACAAUAGAAUCUCACUAUCUUAGAGCACAAACAACUCGGGAAUACAUAGAAGGAGGAAAAAGUUUAGCAGAUUUGUACAGAGACUAUAAGGAAGAACGUGAGAGGCAUCAUUUACCAAUAGCAAAUUCAGAUGGCGAAUUUAAUAUUUCGUUUUAUGCCCCGAAAAAAGAUCAAUGCGAUCAGUGUGAAUCAUACAAAAACUCAGACCAAGAAGGAAAAGCUAGGCUGGUUGAAUCUUACAAUCUCCAUUUGGAAAAAAAAGCUCUCUAG